UAUCCACAGUCCUAAUGAGUACCUAUUGAAGUUUUUAAAGCCGUCCCUCAGGACAAUUCUUCAAGCACUUCGUCAGUGUCUGCGUCCUCACCGCAUCCCUACAGCGAAAAGCCAGACCUGACGUGGGUGAUGGCGGGUGACUCCCGAAUGAGACAAGUUUUCAGUGCCUUGGUCACUAGACUCAGUUCACCCAGACUCCGCUACAGGAAACCGUCCACAAUGGGAAAAUGGCGAAGUAUUCACGAGCUGACUGAAAGUCUACGGAUUGGGAAGCUCCAUGAAAAUAUCGAAGUGCAUCAUAUGGACUUCCCACUGAGGCUCCUAUUCUACUGGGAUCCACUACUGACACUCCUCCCUAAGCUCCUCAGUCAAUGGGUGGAUAACAUACAGCCCCACCCAGCUUUGUUAGUCAUUGGGUCUGGCCUACACUGGAUGAAGAAAGCUGAAGCUGUCUCCCCAAAAAGUUUUGAGUCAUCUACCAGUGCCUUUGACAGCUUCAGGCAGCACAUGAUGUCCUUCCUACCCCUUCUGGCAUGGCAGGCUAAGUCAACACAGAUUAUUUUGCUUUUACAGGAUCAUGUACAGGAAUCUCAGAUCUUCAAGAAAUACCUCAACAUUUACUCAAAUAACAACAUCGAUCAAUAUAACACUUUCUUGUCAAAUUAUGUCUCAGGCACUGACAUAACCCUCUGGGAUAGCAACAUUCCCUUCUCUGAUGCCUACUAUCUUCAAUGUAGACAAGCCUACAAGAACUCAUAUGAUAUGUCCUGGAACUGUGCUAAUCCUUUGCAUAGUGGUUAUGUUGCAGUGGAAACGUAUGUUAGCAUGUUGCUGAAUGACAUCUGCAAUCCCUUUUUACAUCUAGAUUCUGGUUACUGCUAAGAUGAUUCACAUUGUUGAGUUGUGGAUAGUGAAGUUAUAUACAAUUUUUUUUUUUUUUUUUUUUUCAUUUCCAUAAACACAGCAAAUUAGGCACUUUGGCUGAAGUACUUAACAUAUUUGAUAGCUUAUAAGAUGCACCUUCUAAAAAAAAUAAAUAAAAAAAUAAAAACUUUCUUACAUACAAAUGUGAGGCCUCCCAUAAAUUAAAUUUAGAAAUUUCCUUCACCCAUACACCUAGAAAUUUACCCAAUCGUAUUAUGGGCAAGGAUGCUACAGCAUAUUUUUCAACCAUAAUAUGAUGCAAGGAAAUGUUGAAAAUGAGAAUUCAGACCUGCUCAGUGACAUGGCAAGUGUGUUGUUAUCUCAGUCUGGGCUGCAAUUGUGCAGGAUAUUUUUACUAUUGUGACUGCUUGCUCUUUGUUCAGCUGUACUGCUAGCUUUCUUUAAACAUCAUAUGCUUAAAUAGAUAAAGAAAAAAACUUUUCCUAUCUUAUGCUGAAAAAGGGUGCAUCUUAAAUGCAAUCAAAUAGUUUUUUUCUUUAUUUUUGCAAAAUUCAAUUAAGUAUAAAUGAAACAGGAAAAAAAAAUGUCUUAUUUUUGGCACUGUCCUCAUCAGUACGGGCUACUCCUUGGAGUUUAUUUUUAGUUAACUUUUGCAAUAAUACUGUACUUAUCAGUGAAGGCAGUAUGUUAUAAAUUUCUUAACCCCAGAACACGGUCAUGAACAAUAGAAUUGUCAACACGGUCAUGGGAUAUUUUGAACCCCAUUUUGGAGAGAGAGAGAGAGAGAGAGA